AUGCAAGAUUCAAUCCAAGGUAAAUUGACUUUUUGGAUGUCAAAACAAAGUGCAACAGCUUGUUUUACAAAAGGAAAAACAAAAGAAAUUCUUGAGCAGAUUCGUGUUUCUCAAACUUCUGUCAAGAUAUCUAACAUACCAAGAAAUUUAACGAUCGAACGAAUAACAAAUUUAUUUUCGGAUUAUAAUAUUAAAAAUAUUAAAGUACCAACCGAUAUAUUGAAUGAACCAUUCGGUGUUGCAUUUAUUCAAUUUGAAGAUGAAUAUGAAUAUGAAGAAUUUCUCCUUGACCUGACUGACGAAAAUAAAUUUAUAUUCGUUUCGACAAAUUAUUAUACAGGACAUCUUUGUGUCGAAAUGUAUGGUUUAUCAGAAACUGAUAUAAAUGAACAUAAAUCUUCAGCAUUUAAAGUAACAAAUGAAGAUGAUCCGAGUGAUUUGAUUGCUAUUAAAAUCGGUCAAGUUUAUAUUGACUUGAAUAAACAAUUAAAAUUUGAUUUAUCACAUGAAUUAGAAAACAUAAAAAAAAUUUGA